AAGCAAGCUUCUUCGAAUUUGCUCUGACACCACCAAUCGGUGUUUUCGAUUCUUUCAGGUCUCAUACAAGCUGACAUUCUCUAGAAGCAUAACAUCGACUCAGAUUUGAGUUUCCCCAACAGCUGUUGAAGCUUAACGAGGUUCUUAUGUGCCUUUUGCAAUCAUGAUUGAGGUAAAGCGACCUGGUUCUUCCACGCGGAUCACCACUACACUUCUUGAUUCCUUCAUGAUUCUCUUCAGAAACAAACACAUCUUAAUCCCAGUCUUUGCCUUCAUAGCGAUCCCUCUCGCAGCCUUACACCUCUCCCUAACUCUUACCUCCUUUCGCCUUAAAAUCCAUGUCUUUCGUCUGGAAGCCCUAGCUAAUGUCGUGCAUACACGGUUUGAAGCUAGACAGAUCUGGCAAGAGUCUAGAGAAGAUGCUGUCUCGCUUUUACAUCUCAAAUCCCGGUAUGUCGUCCCAUCAUUCAUCCUCUCUUGUAUCGCCUCCAUAACCGUCAUCACAUCAACUUCCUUCUCACACCAAGGCCUAAACCCAUCUCUGAAAUCGUCAUUUGCUUCAGUGAAGUCCUUUUGGAUGAGAGUAACAGCAACUUCCAUCAUCGUCUAUGGUCUGCUCUUCCUCUACUCACCAAUUCCCAUGUUUCUAUCAGCUCUCUUCGGUUACACACCCACAUUGCGUUAUCUCAUCAUGGUCUUCAGUCUCGGCAUUGAGGUAUACAUAAUGGCUAUAACAGGGCUUGGCCUUGUCGUCUCUGUAUUGGAAGAAAGAUAUGGUUUUGAUGCGAUUAAGGAAGGAACCGCUCUGAUGAAAGGGAGGAGGAUAACAGGGUUGGCUUUGGCGGGUGUAUUUGUGUUUCUAUCGAGUUUCAUUGGUCAUGGGAUGGAGAAGUUGGCGAAGGAGCUAGAUAUGGACUCGAGCUCAGGGUCGUGGUGGAGGUCGGUGGUUGUGGCCGGUGGAUGGGACGGGUGGAAGCUGGUUUGUAUGUAUGGGGCUGAGGUGGUGCUGAGUUAUGUUGUAAUCACUGUUUUUUACUGUGAGUGUAGGAAACGCCAUGGUAGCAGCGAUGCAAUUCUUACUGAUGAGGAAGUGAAGGCAGAUCAUAACUGUGCAGGGUCAGCAGUGAAAGGUGUCGUUACAAUCAUGAGGUAUAAUAACAGAACAAUGUCUCGUGCAGAAAGUUUGAAAGCUCGUCCCUUCACCUCAAGGACGCUGGUCACAUCUUUGGCCGAAGUUAAGCCAAUUUUGGCUAUUGAAUCAGCAAUGCAAAUGUUGCUGAUGACGAGGAUCUUGCUAAUAUAAAUUAGUUCCAACACAUUCUUGUUGUCAAUUCUCUUGUGAAUUUGCGAUAUACAUUUUUCUCUACCCCAAGUCUGAUUUAUUCAUUGCUAAUAAAAAGAGAAACAACCU